AUGUCAGUAGAACCUAAACAAACGGUGUACGUCAACAAUAUAAAUGAUAGAGUGUCCACCAACAAGGUCAGAUCUGUGCUUGAGACCAAUCUUCAGAAAUAUAGGCCUGUGAGCAUUUCUUUGGCAAAGACUCUCAAGCUCAAAGGUCAGGCAUUUCUCACAUUCCAGUCCAUUGGUGAUGCUUCAAGAGCCAUUGAAGCUUUGAAUAAUCAAGAGUAUUUUGGCAAACGCGUAAGAGCCACAUUUGCUAAUUCGAAUAGUGAUACUCUACUAGAUAAGAAAGAGUUGAAACAAAUCAGAACAAGGAGACAGCAAGAACACAAGGUGAGUAAACAAUCCACCAAGCAUGCCAAAUCUACUGUCGACAAGAGCAAAAUCAAAAAACAGAACCAAAAGUUGCCCCCGCAUCGUAUACUACUUCUUCAAAAUAUUAGUCCAGCCUUGCAUGUGACCAAGGAAUCGCUCGACGAGUUUUUUGAAAAAUUUGCUGGUUUUGAAGCGGCUAGAUUCAUAAAGGUAAGGAGUUUGGCUUUCAUUGAUUUUGAAAACGAUGACUCAGCCAUUGAGUGUUUGCAAUCAAUCGAUGAAGACGAAAUACGGAGAAAUUUCGGAGAGGAUAUCGUGCUUUGGUACGCAAAGAAAUAG